AUUUUAAAUAAUAUAUAAAAUAAUAAUAAAAAUUUAUUAUUAUUAUUUUUUAAAAAUAUAUAAUGUAUUUGCAGCGAAAAGGCAAAGUGAAUGUGGUGGUGGUCCCCAGUUGCGGGCGUGCUGUAUCUGCGGUUCUCCGUCUCCGUGAUAUUAUCCUGCGACCGAUGUGUCGUUAUCGGGAAAGGCUGCAUUUCAUUUUGGGUCAGGGGAAUCUAAAGUGGGUCCCGUUCUGGCCAAUCACCAUCGGAAACGUGGAAGAUCCAGGCAAGGCUUACACAUGGCCUGGCUCUUUCUUCAACUACACUUUAGUAGUAGGCAGUAGCUAGGAAGCAGAUAGUGUACUUGUGUAGGUAGGUACCCCCUCCUUUUUUUUUUUUGGGGGGGAGACGACCAGAGGCUGA